GUUCGCGUUUGUUAUUAAUACCAUUCAGCAUGAAUAUAUCAACAAUGAACGCUAUUCUCAUUUGGUGGCUAGGAAAGAAAAGUCAGCUCGACUCAGCAGCACUUACAUUUGAUUCAUCAACAUCACAAAAGUAAAAAAUGAGAAAAGUAUUUGCUCUCUUAGUUUCAUCGUGUAUUGGUCUGGUUUGCGGGUUUAUUGUUCCCUCCGGUAUUCCCGAGUUUAUUGAUGAAGACACGGCUAUUUUAGCUGAUAAUGACGCCACUAAGCAAGACGAAAUGCAAUUGAGUACAAUUAAUCCGGGAUUUAUUGCGACUCCCGACGCUGGAAUGAUAAUAAAAGAAAAUAAAAUUAAUAUUGAAAAAGUACGUGAAAUAGAUGACAAAGCAUUGUAUGAAAACUCUAUAGAUAAAGAAAAUAACUUAAACGAGCGCUCUUAUGUAUAUAUAAAUCAAAAGUUUAUACCGCCUGCUCGCAAAGGAUUUCAUCGUUCAAAACAAUCCAGAAAUAAUACACAAAACAAACAAAAUAUUGUUUCACCUAUAGCAAGGAAGGAAAUAACAAACAAAAGGCCAUUAUCAACGAAAUUUUCAUAUGGAUUUUUCCAACCAUCUUUAAAUGAAAUGAUUAUUAAGGAUGUACAUAAUAAUUAUAUUUUAUCAAAUAAUCAAUGUGAAGAUUGUCAAAAAGGGAAAAAGACGCAUGGCUUGAAACAUAGAAAGUAUGACAAACUUAAUACGAAUAAAGGUAUUGAUGACGAAUUAAGUUACGUAGAAUUAUUAAAACCACCGUAUGUAAGAACCGUUAACAAAAAUAACAAAAUAAAAUAUAAUUAUCCAAGUGUUAAUGACUUUGCUCCUGCUUUAGUGCUCAAUACAAAUAAUGAUAACAAGUACUCGAAUCCAGAAAUUUCGUCAACCGGCAUUCAAAAAGAAAUAAUGAAAAAAAAUGAUAAUUUUGUACGACUACAUUCCACACAAAACCACGAUUUAAGUAACAAUGAGAUACCUCAUAAAGAUGAUAACUUAAUUUUUGAUGACAAUAUAAUGGAUAAUUCCGACCAAGCUUAUACGCCUUUAGAAGAAACUCCGGAAGAACGACAAGAAAUGGAACGGUUUCAAAAAAACACUUAUGGUGAACAAGUAACAGAUGAGAAAAUAAACAUCAAUUAUGCUGAUUGUAAUUACAAAGAUUGUGUACAAACAAAUAAAAAGACCCAACGUAAAGUUACUAAUUCAAAAUGUAAAUGUCAUACAAAAGGAGAUUCCAGACUAGAUUCAAUAGACAAGAACAUUAAACAAAAAAUAAUUGGAAAAGGAAAACUAAAAACUAAUAUUAAAACGCACUUAGGCGAUCGACGAACAUCGGAUGAACAUGACUACGAUAAUAUCGUGGUUGAAAGUGCUAGUAGAAAUCUAGACGACGAACUAAUGAAAACAGUAAACAAACUAAACUACACUUUGCAAAUGUACCGUUGAGAUCCUAAAACUGGAAGGUAAAGCAACGGUCAAGUUUUUAGAUUCCUACCUGUAUGACAUUUGUAAUUCCUAGGUCAUUCUGACUGUGGUAAAAGGACUUUUUCAUAGCAAAGUGCUUCGUGUGUAGAUCGCGAUAACGACUGUUCAAAGCUAUCGCGAUUAAGAUCGCUGCGCGCGCACCCCCUUCUGACUACCGUUUGUUGCUCCGAGAAAUGAAAAGCAAACACUGUAGAACGCCAACAGAUGUCCAGAUAGCCAAUAGAGUUUUCUCAGAUAUACUACGCAUCUGGAAGAGUACGCUUAAAUUUUAGUAUUUAGUAGUACUUUUUUAUUAUAUUUUCAAUAUUUUAUAUAACCAAUUUGUGAUUCUCACGCACGUAUUCAAAGACAUGAAUAAUAUUGUCUAUUUUUAUAUUAAUAUUUAAAGCGUAUAACCGCAUUGCUAUAUUA